AUGUCUUCGAAAGACCUCUCGCUCGACGAGCUCAAGAAUCUGCAGAAGCAGUUAUCCAAACUUGCUGGCUCUUCCGAUUCCGAAGCCAUUCUCUCUGUCUUCUCCACGCUCAAAUCCGGCCUUUCGACACCGACAGAAGAUAUCAUCCGUCAAAGCAAGAUUGGUGUCGCUGUAGGAAAGCUUCGUUCGCAUUCAGACAAGAAAGUGGCAGAUCAGGCCAAGUCGUUGGUCAAGGAUUGGAAGGCGACUGUAGACAAGCAAAGAGCACAGCAGCAGCAGUCAAGUGCCAACAGCAGCAAAGCUCCUUCCUCCACCGCAUCCCCUGCACCACCAUCUAAAACAGAAGGUACAACCGGCAAUGGUGCAUCAGCAGCAGACAUAUCACCUUCGGAUAUACCAACAUCAGCAGCACCAGCCUCCAACACCAAAAUCGACUUUGAAAUCCUCAACGACAAAGUUCGCAAUGCCUGUCUCAAGCUUCUCUACCAAUCUCUCGAGAUCAACAAGGAGCAACGCGGCUUCAACGACUCACAAGUCUUUGAUGCCGCUGUAGCUGUCGAAGCGGCCAUACUCGCCAACCAAGGCAAAGGCUCUGUCACCGCUGACUACCGCAACAAAGUUCGCAGUCUCUCGCUCAACAUCAAAGACAAGAACAACCCGGACCUUCGCGUACGUGUCAUUGAACGCGAUAUUCCAGCUGACAAGCUUGUCACGAUGACCAACGAAGAGCUGGCAAGUGAUAAGAGGAAACGAGAGAUUGAAGAACUGCAAAUGCAGAACUUGUUCAAGGCAAAGGGAGCGGCUGCGCAGGAGGCAGAAACUGAUGCUUUCCAGUGCGGAAGAUGCAAGCAGAGGAAGACAAGGUAUUAUCAGAUGCAAACAAGGUCGGCAGAUGAACCGAUGACUACGUUUGUCACUUGCACCAACUGUAACCACAAAUGGAAGUUCUGUUGA